AUGGUUCAAAAACCUCUUAAAGUGAAAACUAAAACCAAAGAUCCACGUCGUAUUACUAAAAAACAAAAAAAUCCAAGAAAGGCAGCACCGCUAAUAAUUAAAUCAAAGAAAAAACAAUUGGAUUAUUUAAAAAAAUUAAAUAAAACUGUAUCAUUAACUGCAUCCACUGAAAAAUUAAUUGCCAGUAAAGUCGGCCAUUUAGAAUUACUAAAGGGAACAAGAAAAGAGAUUGAAAACAACAAGAAAAAAUAA